AUGAUCGGCUCUCCGGACCUGCUGGCCUUCACCAGCAGCGAGGCUUUCUGGGAGGGAGGAGAGGAGCAGGAGACUCAGGACAUGCCCGAGGAGUUCUCCGUCCCCCUGUUCCCCCCCUCACAUCCCUGGACCUCAAGGUCCCAUUUCCACAGGGACUUCAUACUGGUGGCUGAGUUCUCAGAGAAGGUGGGUCCAAAGCCUGUGCUCACCAUACCAGACGACCCGAGAGUCAUUGGCUCGUUUGACCUCAACCACUUCUCGGUUCGCAUCAUGUCUGUGGACUACCAGGCCUCGGGCCCCUGCCUCGCCCCCCCCGCCUCGCCCGGUCCCCGCCUCAACUUCCACGAGGACUCCAAAGUGAUCCUGGGGGACUCGGCGGAGGACUCCUUCGCUUACGUCCAUCACCUGACGCUGUACGACCUGGAGGCCCGGGGCAUGGUGCGGCCCUUCUGCAUGGCCUACGUCUGUUCAGACCAGACCAAGCUGAUGGAGAACUUCCCGGAGCUGUCGGCGGGCUUUUCUCAGGCGUCCGACAGCCUCAAGACGGGGAACAGACAAGCCUUUUCCGCCGAACUGCAGAGGAAGCUGCAAGAGCUCGAGUACAAACGACUGACUCUGCUCCAGGUAGAAGAACUCACAACAACAACAGGUGUCUCCACUGGGGACGAAGGGAAAAACGAGGAGCUUGAAGCUGUGGAACGCUCCAUCUCAAACCACAGGGAGCUCCUCCGGCAGGUCACGUCUUACCCCAACAGGAAGCUCAAGCAGCCCGACUUCCUGCCCUACGACCCCGCCGACUCCCCGGGCGACCCCGCGGCGGCGCCGGCCCCCGAGCCCCGCCCCUCCCUCCAGAGCUCCGCCUCCAGCAGGUCCGAGCACCACCUGAAGCCCCUGCAGGAGCUCUGCAACGCCUACUUCCUGUCCCUGGUGAAGGAGCAGCUGGCGGACACGGAGCGCCGGCUGCGCGGCGACAGGAGCGUCCUGCGGACCGCCCGCGCCGUCCGCUCGCUGUCCAGGAAGCUGAGGCUCACCAACUUCCUGUUUGAGCUGUGGAGCCCCGAGGACCCCGAAGAGGAAGAGCUGGAGGGCCCCGAGGCCGGGAGAGAGUCCGGGAGUGAGAAGGGUGCUGAGGAGGGAGCCGGGUCCGAAGCGCAGAGCAUGGACACGCUCUUCUCCUGCGUGCAGGAGAUAGCCAUCAAACUGGUGGCCGGGGAAGCCAGGGCGGCCACUCCGGACUUCCUGGCCGCCGCGGAGAUGACGGGCAGCGCGAGCAGCGGGGACAGCAUAGAGGUGCUGGGCACUGAGAGGUCGUACCGGACGCAGCAGGCCGGCGCCGGGCCUGACAGCAGAGAAACACUUGUGCCGAUGACGGAGGGCAGUGUCCGCCGGGCGCACUCGGACCCGGGCGUGCGUCGCUUUCGGACCUACGCCAAACGCACCAACAGCGAGGACAGCAUCGAGGUGCUCAGCACCACAGAGUCCAUCUUCCCCGACGACCUCACCGCCAUCACCGAGGAGGAGGCAGAGCACCACCCGCUGACCAACGGCUUUAAGAGCCAGGAGGAACCCCACACACAGAAGGAAACUCUGAAGGCCGCCGACUCAGAGAAUGAACACUGUGACGAAGGGCCAGCAGAGAGAGAGGAGCCUUUAAAGCAAAUAAGAAAUGGCGGCGGCGCAAUUAAAGAUGAUUCAGACCUUGAGAGAAAAAGGGAGGCCCAUGAAGACACCACUCAUGAGAAGAUGUGCACACCCCAGCAAGCUGAAGGAGCAGUGGACUCACACACACACUGGCCUGAGCUCCAUAAGAGGGUGAGGCCGGUGCCCGGCCUCCGCGUGAACUUUGCCCCCCCGGCGGCGAGCGAGUCCAGGCCGCCGCCGUGCGCUCCCCUGAGGCUGCUGAGCGUGGACGAGACGUCCGGCUCCUCUGACCCGCCCUCCCCGACUCAGAACGACCCCGGCGGCGCCCGCAGGGACAAAAGGAGGAGGAGGAAGGCGGCCCUGCGGGCCCUCAGGUUCAUCAGGCAGCACUCGUUCUCCCAGCACGCCGUGUACUGCCUGCUGAGCGGCCGGCCGCUGGUGGUGGUCGGAGGGGACGAGGUUUCGGUCAGGAAGCUGGUGGACGCGCUCAGCCUCUUCCUCCCGGCGCCCGGUCCAGACGGAGGUGCGGCGAUGCCCUGUCUGACCGGCCCCCUCCAUCUGACCGACCUGUUCACCUGGAGACUGAUAGGAGUAUGCAGAUCGUCCUCCUCUUCUAAUAUCAUCCAAUCCCUGGACCAGUAUAGCCGUUAUCUGGCUCUGCUGGACCUGGAUCUGAGGACCCUGCGGUGCCCCUCUUACUCCGGCUCCCUGGUCAGUGCGCUGGCCAACCCUCACACGGGCAUCGGCCGCGGGAUCACCUACCUGCUGCACCUGGAGGGCUGCCUGACCUCGCUGGCCAACCAGGUACUGCUGCACACCUUCGUGCCUCCUCUGCACGCCGCCGCGGCCGCAGGGGAGGGGGACGCCGCGCGUCCGGGGGGACUCUGCAAAAGCGAGAGCGACUUACGAGUGAUGCGCUUCCUGUCCGACCUCAUCCUGCGGCGCUUCGCGGGCCGCGGGCCGCCGGUUUUAAGGUUCUCCUACAGCUCCGUGCAGCUUCACAAAAACACAAACGCGACAUGAGAGUGUGAAACGCUACAGCAUGAACGUUGGAUGCCAGGUUUGAAAACCUGCAGUGGAAUGCAGUGCUGUCCCAUAACUCCCAGUGGUUCAGGUUUAAUCACCAGCUGCUGGAACCUGAAACCACUGAAAAAUUAGGUUUAUUUUCUUGUGCUACUUUUCAAUAAUCUGGGCCGUAUAUUUUACUGGAUACUUGUGCACUCAUGUUUCUCAGGCACAUAAGAAUUCGAUGAGCUGGCACCCCCUCAUAGAGCUUUAUAACUUUUUACCUGUAUUAUUAUCACCGAAUCAUAUGCACUAUUUUUUACUGUGAUUUAAUAUAAAUGCGCCUCAAAUGAACACUGUGCAGUUUAAGGAAUCAAAAAGACCUCACCUCUGCUGAAUAUAAUGUAACUGUAAAUUCCUAAAUGCUUGGGAAAUCAAGACAUUUUCCACAUUUUGAGCUAAAAAAUUAGAAUGAUAAUUAUACUGAAAUGGGCCUUAGAGUGAUAAAACACAGGAACUUAAUCUCACAAGUUGGACUGAAACCUUUAACAGAAAACACUGGGGAAAUAGGCUAAUUUGCCCUCUGGUGAGAGUAUGAAAAUAAGAUAUAUCUGUAAAGAGGUACAAAACAGAAAAGAAACGUAGCAUUUUAACUCAGAAAUAUGACUACUGAUACGAAUAUCUACCUCACAAUUACAAAAUGAGGAAAAAAACAUAAGUAUUUCAGCAAUAAUGGGCCAUUGUGUGUCUGAUGGUCCAAAGUUCACAGCAAUCACAGAUUUUAUAACAAAGUAUCACUGCCUCUUUCAAAUGAAGGUAUGAAUGGAUUGUUUUUUAUCCAACUGCUUGGGUUGUGAAGGCAUUGCAAGAUCUGAUACUCAUCCAGUGCUACACAAACAUCACCCCUGCAGUUUUAUUCGGUUGGGUUUUAUUCUUUCCUUUUCCAUAACACGGGGGUUUCCUCUCCAAAUGAACCUGUAUUGGUCACCACACAGGGCCUGUGAUGUGUUCACAGGUCUGACUGGGCCAAAGGCACUUCUAAACUAACUGCUGAGUUAACUUUGAAAAUAACCAGCAUCCUCUCAGGUGGCGUCGACUUAGCAAUCGUGACCUCUCGCUGCUAAAAAAAAAAAAAUCCUUGGUAAGCCACCUCUGUUUUAAAAGGCAGAACAGAUUUAUUUUUUUACUUCAGAAUGAUGGUCCGACUCUGGAUUUUUGAAGCCUCCACCUGAGCCGGUUUCCACAUGUGGCUCUUUGGAGUUGAUUUGUGUGACCGCACUGUUUCCCUCCGUUUGCUCCGUUUUACCAGGGACAUUUUAGUCUGGCUCUUGAAAACUAGGACCAUUCAUAGAAUGACACAUUAAAACUCCCUUUUGUGUUGUUUAAACAAAAUAUGUCAAAUAUAUAGGUAUUUAUUUAAGAGAAGCAUUGUUUCUUUUAAAAGGACAUACCUGUUUUGUGUGUGACGCGAAAAACAUGUUGAAUAGAUCUUUAAUUGGUUUGAAAUAUAAUUCAUUUCAGUGACACCUGGCUUUGUAGAAUUUGCAAAAAAAAAAAAAAAAAAAAUUAACCUGGGAUGAAUUUAUUUUCUGUUUCAUGGCUUUUAAUAAUAACAGACUUCUUUGAUCUUUACAAAAACACAUUGCUCUGUAUUUUGUGGCUUGGAACUGUGAGUUUUCUGUAACAGGAUCUGACGAUGUGUGAUAUGACACGAUAUAUUGCAUUUUCUUUUUGCUUUGACCUUUGUGGUACAAACAAUGUACUUGGUUUAAAUCGACUGAAACAUAAAAAAGAAAUACAGUUAUGAGAACAACCUGUUUCACAAUGUUCUCAUUUGUCACUUUAUGCUUUUAAAAGAGAUUAUUUCACAGUGUGGAUGAUCAUUCAGAAAAAUAAAGUCAUACUAUUCAUUGUGUCUGCAGUCUGAUAAUUGCAGAGAUUUGCAACUAAAUAGGUUUAUUUUAUUUUAAUCUAAUUCAUCAAAGCAGUAAAUACAUUUACCAACAUAAUCACUACUAAUCAAAUAAUUAGAAAGUGAAUAUCCAAAAGGUAGGUCCAAAAAGCAUGAACAGCAUUUAUAAACAAAACCAAAAGUUCAGAAUUCAGCUUUUUUCCGCUUUAGGUCAUUAAGGCAAAUGUUUCAUUUAAAGUCUCUCAGGUAUACAACACCCAACCCGAGCUCACAGGCCCGGCCUGAAACACCCAGGAUGUUGGCAACUCUGUGUGUGUGUGUGU